CUGCUAUAAUUUUACUCUUAGUAAACAUUAGGAUAGAUAAAACAAUGCUGUCAUCGACUAUAUUGAAUCUUAUGUUAGUAGCUGUAAUGUUGGGCCAUUUGUGGAUCUGUCCCUAUACGAAAGUUGAAGAAAGUUUCAAUUUGCAGGCUAUACAUGAUAUUUUGCAUCACAAGGCUGACAUAUCCUUGUAUGAUCAUCUUGAAUUUCCUGGUGUUGUCCCAAGAACAUUUCUUGGCCCACUUGUAGUGGCUAGCAUAGCCUAUCCUAUUGCAGAAGUGUUACAUUAUUCACAUGUGUCCAAAUUCUAUGUCCAAAUUCUCUCUCGUGCUAUUCUUGGUUUGCUGGUUUGUGUGGCAUUUAUCAAGUUGCAACGUAGUGUUAGUAAUCGAGCUAAUCCAAGUAUUGGAAAACUUAUGACCAUCUUAAUGGUUUCACAAUUUCAUUUCUUGUUUUAUUCUUCAAGAACAUUACCAAACACAUUUGCAUUAAUUUUGGUUGUCCUUGCAAUAUCUUGCUGGAUACGAAAUCAAAACAAAAGCUUUAUAUGGUACUCAGCAUUUGCCAUUAUCAUCUUUCGUUCAGAACUUUGCAUUUUUAUGGGUUUGUUGUUAAUUAUAAAACUGAUCAAUAAACAAAUAUGUGUCACGGAGCUGUUAAUCCAGGGUAGUAUGGCAGGAACUAUUGCUCUAGGUAGUACAGUCCUAGUCGAUUCGUACUUUUGGCAAAGAUGGGUGUGGCCUGAAGGGGAAGUAUUGUUUUAUAACACUGUUCUCAAUAAAAGCUCUAAUUGGGGUACUUUACCAUUCUUUUGGUAUUUUUACUCAGCAAUACCUCGUUGUAUGUCGUUUUCUCUUCUUUUCGUACCAAUUGGAAUGUGUUCAAGUCAGUAUCGUGAAUUGAGAAUGUUAUUUGUGGCAACUAUUUUGUACAUACUCAUAUAUUCCAUACUGCCACACAAGGAGUUAAGGUUUAUUAUAUACGUGUUUCCAGUGUUGAACAUUGCAGCUAGCAUUGGAAUAACCAGAAGUUUACAUGCUUUCAAAAGCUACGACAAGUUGACUCGAUUAUUCAAGUUAUUUGCGGUGGGAGCUGUGUUUGCUAGCUUGUGCACAACAAGUCUAUUAAGUGCUAUAUCCAGUCGAAAUUAUCCUGGUGGAGAAGCGUUUUCGUUACUGCAUCGAUUAAAUCAUCCAACUAAACAAGAACACAAAGCAGUGCAUAUAUGUAACAAGGCUGCGCAGUCGGGUGUCUCCCGAUUUGGAGAGUUGUAUUCUAAUUGGACAUAUUCAAAAGAUGAAUCGUUCAAAUUAACUCGACAAGUUUACUCGUACGAUCAUCUUAUAGUCGAAGCACCAUGUCCUGCAUUGGAUCAGUAUGUUAUUCAAGUUUCUGUUAAAGGAUUUUCUAGACUACACAUCAAAAAGUCAAUCCCUUUCCUGGAAAUUAUAGAAGAGGAACAAUUAUGUGUAUUAAAGUUAAAAACGUGAAUAAUUUGCGUGAAAAUAUAUAUAUUAUAGAUACUA